UAAAAAUGUAAAAGUAAGAGUAAGAAUAAUGAGAUUAAGAAGAGGGGUGACCACGAAUUGAUGGAAGAGGAUCCGAAAUUGUGUGCGAUUAAAAGGGGAAGUUAAACUUAAAAUGGUAUGAAUUUGAUUUGAAGAAUAAAAAAAGAGUUGAGUUUGUAAUCGUAAUGAGAGAACGGUUCAACAGGAAAAACUCGCGGGCCAAAAAGGUUCCCUCUUUCUCUCUCUCUCCUCCGUCAAUGCCUUCUCCUCUCUCAGCCUCUGUUUGUUAGGGUUUCCUCCUCUCUCCUUUUUCCAUUCCCCCUUUCUCUUUCCGCAUUUUCGCAGCUAGGAUGUGUAAUUGAGACAGAAGACGAAGAAGAAGUUGGAGGGGGUGUGUGAUCGGGUCCUCAGGUGAAGAUCUGAGGCUUUUCGCGUUUCUUUUCUUUACUCCGAGUUCCAAAGAUGAGCGCUUCUAGGUUCAUCAAGUGCGUCACUGUUGGGGACGGUGCUGUGGGCAAAACCUGCUUGCUUAUUUCCUACACCAGCAACACUUUCCCCACCGAUUAUGUGCCGACUGUUUUUGACAACUUCAGCGCAAAUGUGGUUGUCAAUGGGAGCAUUGUGAAUCUGGGUUUGUGGGAUACUGCUGGACAAGAGGAUUAUAACAGAUUAAGACCUUUGAGUUACCGUGGUGCGGAUGUUUUCAUACUGGCUUUCUCUCUCAUAAGUAAGGCCAGUUAUGAAAAUGUCUCUAAAAAGUGGAUUCCAGAGUUGAAGCAUUAUGCACCUGGUGUCCCCAUAAUUCUGGUUGGCACAAAGCUCGACCUUCGGGAUGAUAAGCAGUUCUGCAUUGACCAUCCUGGUGCCGUGCCUAUUACCUCAGCUCAGGGAGAAGAGCUUAGGAAGCUGAUUAAUGCACCAGCUUACAUCGAAUGCAGUUCGAAAUCACAGGAGAACGUGAAGGCAGUCUUUGAUGCAGCCAUAAGAGUUGUCCUUCAACCACCUAAGCAAAAGAAAAAGAAGGGUAAAGCACAAAAGGCCUGUUCAAUAUUGUGAUCCACUAGGUGUUAACAUUUGACUGCCCUUUGUUCUACCUGUAUUACCCUCCCCUUCUUUCUUUUUAUCAUUUCUUUGCUAUUGAAGAAGUUGGAGUUUAUGUGGGUGUUCCUCGGACAAAUACUCUAGAUCUCCUUGAAGCAUAAGGUGGUUUAAUGCUUUGCUUUCUUUGAAUUAUUGUCAACUAUAAUAGUCAAAUUUGCAUUUCAUGGUUCCCACCUUUUUCUUAUAACUUCCGUUUUGAUUUAUGUAUUAAUAGACUGGAAUAUCCCAGUUAGGAUAACGACCUUGUUUGCUUGAAGAUAUAUAUUUAAAUUAUAUUAUAUUUCGAUUCAAGGCUUGGCCGUGUGCACA